UCAGUUCUACUACAAUGGACUGAAAUGCAGGACUCUCCGGUGCGGUGAGGAAGGAAUGUGAGGCUGAUGCUUCAGGUGUGGAGCAGGAGGAACACGGAGCUGGCGGAUCAAACCUAUCAGUUGGAGGAGGAGGAGAAAAACUCUGAGCGCAGCGCUGAGAGCACACAGACACGCAGCCGGACGACGGCAACGCACGCCGGCGUGGAUCAUGUCUCUGACCGGGAAGGUGGCUCUGGUGACCGGAGGAGCUCAGGGCAUCGGGAGAGCUGCGGUCCAGGCUCUGCUGGAGAGCUCAGCCAAGGUGGCCGUGGUGGACCUAAAUGAGAUCCUUGGGGAGCAGUGCAAGGCCCAGCUGGAUGCUGAGUUCGGAGAAGGAAAAAGCACCUUCAUCCAGUGUGACGUGACCCACGGAGAUGCUCUAAGAGAUGCCUUCCAGAGGACUGUGGACCAGUUUGGACGACUGGACAUUGCCAUCAACAAUGCAGGCAUUAACAAUGAGAAGAACUGGGAGAAGACCAUCCAGGUCAACCUGACCUCCGUGAUAAAGGGAACCUACUUGGCUUUGGAGCACAUGAGUAAAGAGUACGGGAAAAUAGGCGGCACCAUCAUCAACGUGUCCUCAAUGGCAGCCUUCCUACAUUCCCCUCAUCAGCCCGUCUACACGGCUACCAAACACGGAGUUAUCGGCUUCACCCGAGCGAUAGCGGAUGCCUCCCUUCUGGGCGACUACGGCGUUCGCAUCAAUGUUCUGUGUCCCGCCUUCGUCGACACGCCACUGCUGCACACGGUGGAAGACGAGGACAACAUGGGAAAGUUCGUCAAGUUCAAGGACGACUUCAAACGCAGCAUGAACAAGUUUGGAGUUUUGCAGCCGUCGCUGAUAGCUGAAGGAAUGAUGAGGCUCAUCACGGACAACAGCUUGAACGGAGCCGUAAUGAAGAUCACCUGCUCAAAGGGAAUCCACUUCCACACAUAUGAACCCAUGUCUGCCUGAGUCCAAUUCACAGGAACCUUAACCGGCCUGAGUCCCUGCUCCGUCUGCAGGAGUCUGAGCUGAAACCUUCUCUGCAGAGUUUCUACUGAGACUCUUUCUGUAAAGUAGAACUGCUUAUUUUCCUCCAGAUGGACCCGGUUUCUGUUAGAACCUCAGCUGUUCUCACUUCAGAUCAUUGUUUUAUUCAAGAUGCAUUUUCUAAGAAUCUCCCUGAAGGUGGACUGUACAGAAAUAUGCUAAUUUUUUCAUUUCUGUAGAUGUUUUUGUGAGAAACUCUGCUUCCUGUUUGCUUCAGCAAGCAGAGCCACUUCCUGUAGGAACUAAAGUGACUAAAUCAGCUGUUGAAAUGUUUUAAAGCCAGUAACUGGACCGCCUUUUGAGGUGAUGGUUCAUCUGAGCUGGUCCAUAACAUUUAGUCCUGGACAAAACAAAGUUCCCCGUCUUUUAACUCUGGGGUUUCCCAUCUUGGGGCAUUACUAAAUUCUGACUGGUACCAGGUUCUAAUCAUUUUAGAACCUGGUGAAGACCAGAACCUUAGAGAUAAAAGAGGGUGUACUUUCUUUUCAUGCAGAUCGUAUGUGUCAGUUAAUUUUUUAUCCUGACCGAGGAUAAGCACCCUGCCUGAAACAGAAGAAACGUUUUCUGCCUCUCUCUUUGGGACAUCGAGAGAAAGAUCCGAGUUCUGUUUGUCUGAUUACUUUAGCAGGAAGUCCGACUGAAACCUGAUGCAGGAGAAACUGGCAGCUAAUCUGCUGACGUCAUAAACAAAGCCGCGAACGGAUCAGAUCUGGGUCCAGUCUGUAUGGACCGUCUGAGAGGAACAACAGAUUUAAUCAACCAUGUCAGUAGAUGCUGCUCUGAGUCACAUCAGAGUUGAAUCUUCAUCCAGGAUUAAAUGUCUUUCUGUAGAAAAUUUAAAUCAGAACCGUUUCUACUCCAAAGCGCUGAAAACUAUAGAGACGAGUCCUGAGUGGCGAUGUGAACAUCUCUGCAGUGUGUGAAUGUAACCUGUUAUAUUGGCUCAGAACAUCUCAGAGAACCUGGGUGAUCAGUUGAGACGAGCUUCUGGGUAGCUCAGCAGCUCUGGGUCUGCUCCCAGUGGGACAAGCCUGCAAGACUUCCACAGAGAGACUACCAGGACACAUCCUGAUUGGAUAGUUCAUGUCGGCUGACUCCUUUCGAUGUGGAGGAGCAGCAGCUCUACUUCCACCGAGCUUCCCUCGGAUAACCAAGCUCCUCUCCUCAUUUCUGAGGCAGUCGAGCUGUCCUGCAGAACAAGCUCAUUUCUGCCACAUGCAUCUGUUCUCAUCCCCCCCCCACCCCUGCAGGACAUCCUGAUCAGCAGCCGAAGCAGUUCCCUGUCUUAGAAGCACUUCUCCAGGAUUAUCCAAAUAUUGUGUUCCUCCAUUUUUGUCAUCUGGUCUACGGAUUGAUCUGCAGCCGUUGAUGUUCAUGCGGUGAAGAUGUGGCUCACCUGUGGCUGUAGUUUACUCUGUAAGUCCACAAUAGAAGAAAAAGACAGUUUUCUUCUUUCAGGCUGUGGUUGUUGGCAAGCAACAGCGCCUCCUUAUGGUAAUGGAUGUACAUUACGGCCAGGUUGGAAAUAUUACCGUCACUUAUCAAAAAUGCAAUUGAUUAUUCAAAUACGUGAGCUUUUGCAGCUAUUCAGAUACUGUGUGUCAGUCACCUUUUAAUGAUAUUUUAUCUUAAAGAAGUUUGAGUAAUUUGUUAUUUCAUUUUUUGGUUCUCUCAUUUUGCAGCAAUAACAACUUGAAGUCCUGUUUUAGGAAGAGACCGUUUAAAAGUGUAAAACGCAGAUUCAAAAUAAAGCACGCUUGAAAAUUUGAA